UCUUUGUAUUGGCUGAACUAGGACAAUGGUCACUGCUGAAUACUACACACUAUCUGAAUUUCUAUGAAAGCCUUUUUUUUUGUUCCAAGCAAAAACUGAACCUUCCAUUUUUAAGCAAACACAUUUGGAGUUUGGAAUUGUUUGUGCUCCUAAUUAAUGUAGGGACAUUCACACAUUUAAAAUAACAGCGUUCAGAAACCUCUGCAGGUAGGUUGAUGUCCUUUGCUCCUGACAUCUGUGAGACUAAUUCAAGUAACCAGUAAUAGGAAGGCUCGAUCUGUAUCUCUGAAACCUUCAGUGACUAGAUCUGCAGUUUGAAAGGCUAACUUCUGACUACAGAGAGGUCACUGAGUGUUACAGAACUUCUUAAUUCUUAACUAGUGUGAUGGAGCUGGACAAAGUUCAGACAUGUCCCAAGUUUCAACCACCGAGCAAGGAUCGUUUAUCAUUGCCCACAAAUGGACAAGAUAGAAUUGUCUUUAUCGGGGUUUGCACAGAAUGACCAUCAAACACACUACCCAGAGGACAGGGCUGUCACCAAUGAUCCUGUGAGUGAAAGUGAUGAGAAUGUGGAGCGAGGUAACUGGUCCUUAAAGACUGACUACUUGCUCUCGAUGAUUGGCUGUGCUGUGGGUCUGGGUAAUGUCUGGAGAUUCCCUUAUCUGGCUUACAAAAAUGGAGGAGGUGUGUUCCUUAUUCCCUACACUCUGAUGCUGGCACUCAUUGGCAUACCAAUGUUUUUUUUGGAAUCUUCCUUUGGGCAGUUUGCCAGUUUUGGACCUGUUGCAGUCUGGAAAGCUGCGCCCAUGUUACACGGUGUGGGUAUAACUAUGAUCCUUUUCGGAGCAAUUGGCAACAUUUCGUACUGCGGCAUCCUCACCUACAGUCUGUACUACCUGUUUGCUUCCUUCCAAUCAUCCCUGCCAUGGGCAGACUGCUUCAGUUGGUGGGGAGCAGAUGAAACAUGCAGCAGGACUCUGAAAGAUCCACUCUGCAAUCUCACUCAGGACGAUGGAUAUUUUGAAAUCAUUAAUACAACAUGGCUGCAGGCAAACAAUGAAACUUGUCCAAAUGGAUCAGAAAUCUCCGUUCCUCACCAGGGUCCAAGUGAGCAGUACUGGGAUAAAGUGGCUUUACGUCGGACUAGUUCAAUAGAUGAGACGGGGUUGAUGGUUUGGUAUUUAGCCCUCUGCCUGUUUCUGGCCUGUCUGAUAAUUGGAACUGCGUUAUCCAAAGGGAUCAAAUCUUCCGGAAAGGUGGUUUAUUUCACUGCCACAUUCCCUUAUGUAGUUCUGACUGCACUCCUGAUCCGUGGGGUUACCCUGGAGGGAGCCCAUAAAGGAAUUGAAUUCUACAUUGGAAGCCAGUCAGAUUUCUCUAGACUGGCUGACGCUGAGGUCUGGAAAGAUGCUGCAGGACAGAUUUUUUAUUCUACAUCAAUCAGUUGGAGGGGCUUAAUAACACUAUCAUCCUACAACAAGUUCCACAACAACUGCUAUAGAGAUACCAUCGUUGUCUGCAUUGUUAAUUCUGCUACAAGCAUAUUUUCCGGCUUUGCCAUCUUCUCCAUCCUUGGACACAUGGCUCAUCUACAAGAUAUACCUGUUUCAGAGGUUUCGCAGUCAGGUUUCGGAUUGGCUUUCAUUGUCUACCCAGAGGCUCUUGCCCAGUUGCCAUGGGCACCUUUAUGGUCCAUAUUAUUUUUCUUCAUGCUUGUCACUCUGGGAGUUGAUACUCUGUUUACAAGUUUAGGGACAAACGGAUUCAUCAAGGACAUUGAGAUGAUGAUUGGGGAAAGGAACUGGCUCUUCUGGCUGUGGUGGAGAGUGUGUUGGUUUUUUAUCACUCCGUGUGUGCCGGCAGCAAUAUUGUUCUGGUCCUUAGUCACGUUUGCCCCACCAACGUACGGAUCUGUUGAAUACCCUGACUGGGCAGUAGCGCUGGGUUGGUGUAUGAUCAUUUUCUGUAUUAUGUGGAUUCCUAUAAUUGAGUAAAUUGUCCAAGCUGAGGGCUCCACCUUGUGUCAGAAAAUUUCUGUUGCUUGCACUUCAGCUCCUGACUGGGGUCCAUACUUAGAACAACACAAAGGGGAGAGAUACAGAAACAGGUCCAAUUCUACAGAAUUGUGCACAAUGUCUUGCUACAUCUGAGAUAUAAACAUCUUACAGAAAAUUUGUAAAUAAUGGUCCUGAAAAUCCACCAGCAUUAUGAUAUACAUUGUCUUCCAUUUUACUGAGAGUUCUGUAGAAGAGUGAGCAACAUGGCUGGAUCACAGAAAUGCCAACUCUUGGUAUUUCUGAUGUUUCCCCUGUAGAGUAAAUGAUUUACAGUGUGUCAACACUGUAAUGAUAAAUACUGAGCAAAUAUGUAACAUAUUGUGUUAUAUCUCAUGGUCAUAAGUAUGUAAGUAUGCUAAGAGACAUGCUCAGAAUAUCAUCUUUGCAUCAUAGCAUGUGGCCUGAAGGUAUAAAAGUCUCAAACUCUGUCUUUACUCAGGAUGACUUGAAACAUCACCAUUUGAAGCCAGCUGCUCACUGCUCCUCUGUUGUAACCAGCUUAGUAUGAGCCCUGAUACUUAGAUAUCUGAAAAAGCUAAUGUUUGUGUGUAAUUUUUAAGUAAUAAACAUCUGUUGCAUUCUUUAA